AUGCAAACCUAGGACUCGUCGUCAGCAUUAUUCGAAUAUGAUAAUCACAACCAAUCGUCACGUUCUUUUUUCCCUCCCAACCCGAUCUGGUUUAUACCAACCGGACCACCAAAUUUGCCACCAAUUUUCACUAUCGGCCUUGGACUCACCGCUGAUCGGGACGAGGUAAACCUGCUCCGUAAAUUGGGUCAGCAUGCAGAUUGUCUGUUUUUACCGCAUUCUUUACCAUCCGAUAUUCCGAACGGGUUAUUUCGUGCGACUGUCAGUCAAAUGGUACUUUUCUCACCCGAUUGGACAUGUUUGGAUAAGGAAGAGAUUGAUAAAUUGGAUAUCCCGAUUCAUUUAUCUUGGCUUGAACAUUGUUUUCAUGUGACCGAAUUGGAUGAUAUAGAAGCAGACAAGUUACCCCCACUGAAUGAACCGCAAAGCGAAAAGCUUCAACAAAUCGGCGAACUGUCUGAACAAAUAAAGUUUUACGUUACUGAAUACGUCACUCUGAGUAAGUCAUAUGCUAUCGCGGACAUUGAUAAAGUCAUCCCGUUCUGCCUACAACUCGUCCUUCAAACGGCCAUUCGACGUUUGUUAGAUUUCACAAGGCAAGCACAAAUUGCUGUUGUUGGAAGAUCUACAACUAUUGGUCGAACUUCUAGCUGCUCUAAUUUAACUACCAUGACCAGCUACAAUUCCCUGGCGUCUACCUCUACUAGUGCGUCCUGCGAGACGGUGGCAUCCAAUGCACCAGCAAAACUUGACAUGGGUGCAGUGUUGUCACGACGAUCAUUUAAUCCUCGUCCGAAAAAUAAGACAAAAUCCAUUCAGGUGAUUUCUGUUCACCUUCCUGAAACUCCAACGAAACCUGAUAGUUGGACAUGCACCAAAUCACCAGGGUCUUUGAUUGCCGAAGAAGUCAGUUCCAAGUUGAACACAUCGCAAAAAACAACGAAGAUACCUGCCGGUCAUUAUGCGGGUAACACUCAGCUGAAUUUGAAAAAAGAAACCGAGGUAGAGACAAGAAGAACUUUGAAGUUUUCCUCCCUUUUUAAUAGAAUCAGUGGUGAACAAACUGAGUCAGUAGUUGCUAAAUCCUCUGUUCUCUCACCGAACAAAUGGCGUUCAUCGAGCAGUUUGUUCCUUCCAUCGCAAACGACCCUGGAUCAGAGUCCAUCGAUCCCAGUCGAAAAUACAGAAUUCAGGCAAUCCAUAAAAACUUGCGUACAGUGUUUAAGUCAAUCUACACCGGACAUUCGACUUCACUCUCCACAUUCUUUUAACUUCUCCAUAGGUUCUGUCAGUCAGAACAAGACAGCCACUUAUGCCUCUGAAGCAGCGAAGCGCUCCGUGCUGCUACGACCACUCCGAACGGAACCAAGUACAAAACACUCGUUUUCCGGGGAUCAGACAAAUACUUCCCUUUCAUAUGAACUUUAUGCUGACCCAUCAGUUUCCACGGUUCGUGAUCUUCUCCGUCUAAAAUUGCUUUCCCGUAUCUUGAUUGAACUGACCACGCGUUUAGGGAGCACACAAGCUGAAGUGAUACAACUUCUGCCUGUGUUCCAUGAUCAACAUGUAAUUCAGCUUGUGAAUCACGUGAUCGAUCAAGCUGUGGCUAUUACACUGACGUAUCGGAUGAAUCAGCUGACAAGCAGUCAUCCAUCUAUUCCUUUGAGUCAGCUAGUCACUUCGUCUCCUGUGAGCGUUGGCCUAAUCAUGGAUAAGAUAUUACUCGAUAGUCUUAAUGAGGUUGGAACUAGUAAUGCUAAGAUUCCCAGUUUUCCUAGCUACACACAUUUGUAUCGCCAUGUCACAAGCCUCAUAGAUACCAUUAUACAGGCCAAUGAAUCGUUGCGGAUCAAUCCACGCACAAUUCAUGUAAGAUCAGACACUGUACGAACUGUUCUUAUCUUGCUCUGGAAUUCGGCUUAUCCAGCAGCCUGUUUGGCAAUGAAUCGGUUACUCAAUGAUCAAGAUACAUCUGAAGAGGUCAUAUCUAGUUAUUUGAAAAGGGAUAACAGUCAGAAAAAUGUCACAGACUAUUCGAAUCCCUCAUUGCACAAUGAUAUUUGGACCACCCGGGUCUCUAAUGUUCCCUGUAACAUUCCUCUCGUCAGAGUUGUUACAUCCGCAGCAGACUCGAAACUAACUAGGAUGGGUGUGACCAAGUUUCAGGAAGCGAUCGUGAUUAAUCCUCGACAGGCGGAGAAAGACCAUUCAGAGAUGGGCUCGAUCAUUAAGUCAGAUCGAACCACAACGGAUCUCCAUUCCCAUAGUCCUUGUCCCAUUCUGGACGUGACCAGCAUGGAAUGUUUUAGUCCACCGCCAGUAGUUAAUACACUGGUGCCUACAGAAUGUCACGGAACACAUUACGUAUCUGUUCAAAGUUCACGAUCUGGAUCUUUGAGCUCGGGAGCAUCUACAAAUGACGUUUGUCUUUCUGAUACGCACAGAGAGGAUAUCGUGACACACAAUUUAAAACAGACGAAUAAAGAAGUCUGUUUUAAAUUUCAGCUAAAUGGAUCAACAGACGAAUACAAUGGAAUGCUAUUCACUCAACCAAACACAGCUCCCACAAAUACCCGAGAUGAUGAGUUGGAUUAUUUUAUCCCAACGGCAUUGUCUAAAGCGAUUCAAUUAUGUCCAAUGUGUACAAAUCAAAUUCAGAUGUUGAUAGGCGCAAAGACAUGGCGAUUUGAUGAUGUAAUGUGUGAAAGUAAUCAAAAGGAACUGCAAUCACGGCAGCAGCGAAAAGUUGAUGUUGGAGUGCAAUUCGACGGGGAUCACAUGACUGAUAAAGAUGAUUUCGGUCCAUUGAUCGACGAACAGUUCCGUGUUCCUCCACGGAGACGUGAUUUCAGUUUAACACCAGAAAAACGAGAUAGUGCAACACGCAUGGUGCUUGAAUGUAUGAUUGCCCAUGGCCGUAGUCCAAGUCAAGGAGCAGUGGACGACCGUGUGAGUGCACAAUCACUUGUCUACCAUUCGAUGUCUUUGUCCAUGUGUGAUACGCAACCAGAACACUGCUCCAGUCCGAUUCGUAACCUUCUCGGACCGGAAACCGGGAUGAAUAGCAUGAAUACAAUAAAACUUAAGCAACGCUCUGGUGAUAAUAUGGAUGCAGCAAAUAAACGACCUAGACAAUGGGUGGAUUCGAGAGCAUGUGAAAUUCAAGUACCGAAGAGAUCAGAGUGCCAAGCCCGCGGAGUUCAUCAAGAUGAGAAUAACGCUAAGUUUGGAUUUCAGAUGGUUCAAGCCAAUUCAAUUGAAAAGAAAAUUAACGUUCGAAGUACGCGAAGUCCCAAACAAUCGGGCGAUCGACGUCCGAGCAGAAAAUCAACGAAACAUGCCGAAGUGUUGUCUAUGGAACCAUUUUAUUCGUGCCUGAAAGAACUGCGCGAUCGUCUCAGCAGGGCAGAAUCUAGAUUAAAUACAGCCUUCAGCAACUACCUCAUGGUUCAGAAUAAACGAUUACCUGUUCAACCGCGAGGUGACUUACGCAGCCAACGUUUGGAUGAACCCACUACUUCACAGCUUCAUUCUCGAAAGAAACUGACUGAAAAAUCUCGGGUUACAAUUUGGGAUUCAUCCAGUUUGGCUUACAUCUCGAAACAUUUGCUCGGCAAACCGCGAUGCCAGCCAGUCUCCCAAAGGAAGCACUCUUCUCAUCCCAAUUCACGUACACGUAUGAAGAACUCGUCCGCAGUGGGCAAACCGCGCUUGCGAUUCGACCCAGCCAAAACCUCUCCACCUGUUCUGACUGAAAUGAACGAGGCUCGUUGGACAGUGGACGAAAUUCGUUCGCGUGGUCCCGGGUUGUUUCCGUCCCCAAAUAUGGAACUACCUGUGAGGGCCAAUAAUCCCGUUCCAAAAGAUGGCAAUCAGCUCACAAUGUUAGGCAAAAUUACAGCUCGUCGCGACAACCCCGGAAAUGAUGGUGAUCGAUCAGCAGAUUCUGUUGGUUUACCAAGAGAACAACAAACUGUUUCAAAUUUGAGUCGGAUAGGGACCAUUUUGGCACAGAAUGGUUCUCGCAAUACCCAAAGAUUGUGCACUAUUCAAAAACAAACGACCACUUAA